AUGGCGGAGGAGGUUGCUCGUUCGAGGCAGUAUGCGUACCAGCAGAACUCCAACCUGGUGCUCCAGGCGGACAGUGAGUCGCGUAGACGGCCCGAUGAGCCCACGGGCGAGGUGGAGUCGCUGGCUGGCAAGAUCACCUACCGAAUGGGCGACCGGGCGCAGAAGGCCACGCCUCAGAGCAGCCGCAAGCGCCAUGGGGGAGACAAGGACGCAGAAUCCAAGCACAAGAAGAAGAAGCGGCGCGGAGACGCGGACGACGGAGGAGGCGGCGUGCUCUUCACGGCGACAGGCGGCCUGGCCACCGCCAAGAGUAAUAUUCUAAAAGAAAGUUCAGCCUUCGAGUCGGCCGCUUACAGACCUAAGAAUCCCGCGAGCCAGGAGGCCUACGAGCAGAUCUUGGGCGUCGUAGCCCAGCAACUUGGAGCCCAGCCUGGCGAGAUCUUGGCUGGCGCAGCGGAAGAAGUGCUGGCCAUCUUGAAGAAUGACAACUACAGGGACGAUGAGAAGCUCAAAGAAGUACAGAAGCUGCUGAAGACCAUCCCGACACACACUUUCAGUCAGUUGGUGGCUGCCGGAAAGAGAAUCACGGACUUUUUCCUAGAGAACGGCGAGAAGAAGGCUGGAGAAGAAGAAGGAGAACACGCUACAGCCGCGGAGAGUGAUGAAGAAGUGGAUAAGGAGAUGGGCGUCGCUGUAGUCUUUGACGAAGAAGAUGAAGAGGAGGAGUCUGAUCUGGAUGAGGUGAGAGACGACGAAGACGACGACGAGGAGGAGGAGAUCACUGCUGCUGGACGCGAAGCCAUGAAGAUGAAGGACGGAUACGACGACGAAGACGGCGGAGAUGCAAAGUACAGACUAGAUGUGCAUGCUAUCGAUGCUUUCUGGCUUCAGCGUGAGUUGUCAAAGUUUUACAAGGACGCUGAGGUUAGUGCCAAGCUGGCGGAAGACGUGCUGAGUAUCCUCAAGGAAGCGGGCAGUGAUCUCAGUGCUUGUGAAAACAGACUGGUGUUGCUCCUAGACUACGACAAGUUUGAUUUCAUUAAGCUACUGCUGGAGAACAAAGCCAAGGUGCUUUAUUGCACGAGAUUAAAGCAAGCCCAGAACGACGAAGAGCGACGCAACAUCGAGGAGGAGAUGGUUGCUGACGAGACGCUGAAUGACGGUGAAGGAAAGACGAUCUUGGAGCAGCUGCGCACGACAGCGUCGGCUGACUCGUGGAUGCAGGAUCGUAUCGGCGCUAUGGAGACGACGUCUCGUGCCGAAGCGAACAAGUUGCGCAAAUUGCAGCAAAAAUCUGGUGGACAGCGCACCCAGACUCGUGGUGAUGACUCGGACGAUGAUGUUGACAUGGAAGACGUUAGCCGUGAUGCCAUGAAGAAAGAGGCAGAAGCUGCGCCAAAGAAGAAACCGCAGCACUACGUGGAUGUGGAGUCACUCGCCUUCCAGGAGGGUGGACACCUAAUGAGCAACCGUGAAUGUCGCCUCCCGGAAGGUACGUGGCGUGCACAGAAGAAGGGAUACGAAGAAGUCCACGUUCCUGCUGUUCGUACGAAGAUAGCUGCGGCUGAAGAGAAGGCGCGAAUCAAGAUCUCGACGCUCCCAAAGUGGGCUCAGGGCGCAUUCAAGGGCAUGGAGUCGCUAAACCGCGUGCAGUCUAAGAUGUUCCCCGCAGCCUUUAAAACGAGCGAGAACUUACUUCUCUGCGCUCCUACAGGUGCUGGUAAGACAAAUGUUGCUAUGCUGACGAUUCUGCAUGAAGUCAUGAAGGCUCGUGAUCCAGAGACUGGCGAAAUUGAUCUUAACUCGUUCAAGAUUGUGUAUGUGGCUCCGAUGAAAGCUCUGGUGCAAGAAGUGGUGCUAAAUCUUUCCGCCAGACUCUCCAGCGCCUAUGGUAUCCAAGUGAGAGAGCUUUCAGGUGAUCAGAAUCUCUCACGAGAGCAAUUGUUCAACACCCAGAUCAUCGUCACGACGCCCGAGAAGUGGGAUAUCAUCACGCGAAAGUCUGGGGACGAUCGUACGUACACCCAGCUCGUGCGUCUGGUGAUUAUUGAUGAAAUUCACUUGCUUCACGACACUAGAGGACCGGUACUGGAGGCGCUGGUUGCUCGAACGAUCCGGAAUGUGGAAGCCACGCAACAGAUGGUACGUCUCGUGGGUCUUUCGGCUACGCUGCCAAACUACGAGGAUGUUGCUGCCUUCCUUCGCGUAGACCCUGCUCAGGGAUUGUUCUACUUCGAUUCCAGUUAUCGCCCUGUGCCUUUGCAACAGCAGUACAUUGGCAUUAUGGAGAAGAAGGCAGUCAAGCGCUUCGCGUUGAUGAACGAAAUUUGCUACGAAAAGGUGAUGGAGCAGGCAGAGCUGGACAAUCAAGUACUAAUUUUCGUGCAUUCUCGAAAGGAGACUGCGUCCACAGCUCAAGCGUUACGGGACUUGUUCGUGGAGAACGACACACUUGCUCGUCUAAUCAAGCCGAACUCAGCUUCUAGCGAGGUCCUCUUGCAAGAAGCUGAGAAGAUUGAACGCAAUGAUGAUUUGAAGGACCUCCUUCCGUACGGUUUCGGUAUCCAUCAUGCUGGUAUGAAGCGACAGGACCGUACACUAGUGGAAAACGCGUUCGCUGACGGUCAUUUGAAGGUGUUAGUCAGUACCUCGACGCUGGCGUGGGGUGUUAAUCUGCCCGCACACACGGUGAUUAUCAAGGGCACGCAAAUCUACAACGCUGAGAAGGGAGACUGGUGUGAACUAAGUCCGUUGGAUAUCUUGCAGAUGCUGGGUCGUGCCGGUCGUGUGCAGUUCGACACGCAGGGUGAGGGCAUCAUUAUCACGCAGCACUCGCAGUUGACCUAUUACUUGUCGUUGAUGAACCAGCAGCUGCCUGUUGAAUCGCAAAUGAUGAGUAGACUGGCGGACAACUUGAACGCUGAAAUUGUGGUGGGUAGCGUGCAGAAUGUGGCACAAGCAGCGACGUGGCUAGGCUAUACGUAUUUAUUCAUCCGCAUGCUGCGUAAUCCGACGCUUUACGGUAUCUCAAUCGCUGACCGCAAGGCAGAUCCCACACUGCUCCAGUAUCGCACAGACUUGGUGCACUCAGCUGCUACAUUGCUCGCGAAACACAACCUGAUCAAGUAUGAAAGACGUUCGGGAUUGUUCCAAGUGACUGCUCUUGGUCGUGUGGCCAGUCAUUACUACAUUGCGCACGACUCCAUCAGUACGUACAACGAGUAUCUGAAGCCUCACAUGUCCGAUAUCGAGAUUUUGCGGCUCUUCUCACUUUCGAAUGAGUUCAAGUAUGUCAUUAUUCGGUCAGAGGAGAAACUGGAACUUGUCAAGCUAUUGGAGCGUGUCCCUGUGCCCGUGAAGGAGUCGCUGGUGUCCACAGCUCCUGGUAGUGUAGCUGCCGGAAGCGGCUCGGCUAAGGUGAACGUUUUGCUACAAGCUUACAUCUCGCGACUGAAGCUGGAUGGCUUUGCGCUCUUGGCAGAUAUGGCGCACAUUCAUCAGUCAGCGGCUCGUAUUUUCCGAGCAUUGUUCGAGAUUUGCUUGACCAGAGGCUGGGCUUCACUUGCUGAGCGAAUGCUUAGCUUCUGCAAGAUGGUGGACAAACGCAUGUGGCUCUCUCACUCUCCUCUUCGUCAGUUUGCACCGGGCAUUUCUGAGACAAUCCUGAAGCGCAUUGAGAAGAAGGAUAUUUCGUGGGAAAAGUACAAUGAUCUGGAACCUGCUGACCUGGGCCAACUCAUUAACAAUCCGCAGUAUGGAAAGCAGCUCUACAAGAUGAUUCAUCAGUUCCCAAAGCUUGAACUCUCAGCUCAUGUCCAGCCGAUUACUCGCUCGAUGCUGAAGGUGGAUCUGGUUGUGACGCCUGAUUUCGAGUUCACGCGCGAUGUUCACGGUAACUCUGAGGGCUUCUGGGUGUUUGUGGAAGAUGUGGACGGCGAGACGAUUCUUCACCACGAAUGGCUGCUGAUCAAGCGCCGCUUCGCCUCGCAAGAAACGUAUCUGAGCUUUACGAUGCCGUUGUUUGAACCUUUGGCGCCGCUGUAUUACAUCAAGGUCAUCUCGGAUAAGUGGAUUCAUUGCGAGAGCUCGCUGCCUGUGUCGUUCCACAAGCUCAUCUUGCCGCAGAAGAACGCGCCUCCCACUGAACUGCUGGAUCUCCAGCCGCUUUUCGGUAACAAUAUUCUAUUGAAACUUGUUGGUGGCAAGAAGAAGAUUGCUGAGUCCUUACUUAAGUCUGUAACGAACGCACGCAAAGUACCGAACCCGUGGCGGUUCAAACGCUUCAACCCCAUUCAAACUCAAGUGUUGCCACGCCUGCUGGAGUCGGAGAGCAAUCUCUUCAUCGGAUCUCCACCUGGAAGUGGCAAGGGCGUGCUAGCAGAGCUCGCUGUCAUGAAGACGUUGCUUUCUCUGGGCCAGCCUGACCCUAAGAGCGACGAGUUCGGUGAGCACCUGGUCGUGUAUUUGAUUCCCAAGGAGUCAAAUUGCCAUCAGAAGUAUGAAGAUUGGAAGGCCAAGUUUGGUGAGGAAAGCUUCUGGCGGCAAAACGUUGUGGAGCUCACUGGCGAUUCUACCGCAGAUUUGCGAUUGCUGGCAAGUGCAAACAUCCUUGUUGCGACUCCCACCCAAUGGGACGUGCUCUCUCGCCGUUGGAAGCAGCGGAAGCGCAUCCAGAACAUCAGUCUGCUGCUUUUGGAUGAGACACACUUCUUGGGAGGUGGCGAGUAUGGCCCCACGAUCGAGGUCGUGAUGUCCCGGAUGCGAUUCAUCGCUGCUGACAUGGACAAGAAGAAGAAAGCAGCUGGUGAACGUGGUGGACGUAUGCGCAUCUUGGCCUUGAGCAACUCCAUCGCAAACGCUCGUGAUGUCGGCGAGUGGCUCGGCGCCAGUGCGUCCGAGGGGAUUUAUAACUUUCACCCGAAUGUUCGUCCUCAACCGCUGGAGAUUCGUGUGCAGGGAUUUGAGAUUAAUGACUUCUCGUCUCGUAUGUUGGCGAUGGCCAAACCUUUGUACAAUACGAUCGCGAACCAAGCAGAGAAGAAACCGGCGAUGGUGUUUGUUCCUUCAGCUAAACAGGCGCAACUUAGCGCGAUUGACUUGAUUACCUUUGCGCUGGCUGAGAAUGAUCCGCAGAAGUUCGUGUCUCACGCUGCCAAGGAUAAGGUCGAGCUGCCGCUGGAAGAUGCGGCUUUGCUGCACACGUUGGAGAAUGGCGUAGGAUAUUGCACUGAUACGAUGUCUUCGCGGAAUCGUGAGUAUGUGCUGGACCGGUUUGCUGCAGGCAAGAUACAGGUACUGAUCGUCCCUCAGUCGAUGGCGUGGGAGCUGCAAAGUGCUCAGUGCAGUGCGUUCAUGGUGGUGAUUAUGGGCACGCAGUUCUACGACGGGCGAGAGCACCGCUAUGUGGACUACCAGCUCGCUGACGUGUUCCAGAUGACUAAGUUCGCCAACCACGUGGCGUCUCCUGCCGUCAAGUGCGUGUUGUUCUGUCACGCUUCAAAGAAGAAAUUCUACGCCAAGUUUCUGUACGAUCCGUUGCCUGUCGAAUCACAGCUUGAACACUUUUUGAGUGAUCAUAUCAAUGCUGAGAUCGUGACGAAGACCAUCGAGAGUAAGCAAGACGCGGUGGAUUAUCUCACGUGGACGUUCAUGUACCGCCGCUUUAUGAAGAACCCGAAUUACUACAACUUGCAGGGCGCGACGAAUGUGCAUUUGUCCGAUCACUUGUCCGAGUUGGUGGAGACUACUGUCAAUGCACUAGAAGAGUCACGCUGUAUCCAGGUUGUCGAGGAGGAGGACGACGAUGAAGGCGAGGAGCGUUUAGCGCCGCUGAAUCUGGGCAUGAUCGCUGCCUACUACUACAUCAAGUACACGACGAUCGAGCUGUUCGCGUGCAGUCUGAAGGCGGACUCGAAAGUGCGUGCGCUCCUGACGAUUUUGUCGUCUGCUACCGAGUUCAGCGACCUGCCGAGUCGAUAUGGAGAAGACAAGAAGCUGGAGGGCCUAGCGAAGCAUCUGAAGUUCCCGGUGGCUGCUGGAGGAGACUACGGGCAACCGCACGUGAAGACGAAUGUGCUGCUGCAAGCUCAUUUCAGCAAGCAGCAUGACCGUCUGAGCCCAGCGCUACGUCAAGAUCUCGACUUUGUUUUGCGUCACGCUGUGCGUCUUCUACACGCAAUGGUGGAUGUGAUCAGCUCCAAUGGGUGGCUGAAGCCUGCGCUGGCUGCGAUGGACCUAGCGCAGAUGGUUGUCCAGGCCCAAUGGAGCAGUGAAUCGCCCCUGUUGCAGAUCCCGUUCUUCACAAAGGAUACGCUUAAGAAAUUGGGUGAGAUGGAUCUGGAAGAGGAGGUGGAGACUCCUGUGGACAUUCUGAGUAUGGAGGACGAUGCACGCAGCAAGUUGUUGCCUUUGGACACGCAGAAAAUGUCGGCCGUGGCCAAGUUCUGUAACGCUUUCCCGGAUGUGACAGUGCAGACGAAGGUGCAGCAGGACGGUAAGAAUUUGCCCCAGGGCUCGGCUGUCAGUGUCAAGGUGCAGCUGGAGCGUGAAGGUGCUGAUGAAGAAGACGAAGAAGAGGACGAGGACAAGGAAUUGGGAUUGGUGAACGCAUGCCACUAUCCUGUCAAGAAGGCCGAGAACUGGUGGGUCGUACUGGGUGACGCCAAGAAGAACACGCUACUGAGUAUCAAGCGCGUGCCGUUUGCCAGCGCUCGGGCCAAUGUGGCACUGCAAUUCGCCGCUCCGGACGAGCUGGGCGCCCAUACUUUCCAGCUUUAUGUGAUUUGCGAUGGUUACGCUGGUUGCGACCUGGAGAACGAGGUCAAGAUUACUGUUGUUCAGGGUGAAGAUACAGACGAAGAAAUCGAAGACGAAGAGGACUAA